AUGAAUUCUGCAACCGUAGAAGAAAAAAUUGAAAUGAUUCUGAUUUAUAGUGAAUGUAGGAGGAAUGUUGACGAUGUUGUUGCCUUGUAUGCUGAGCGUUUUCCAGACAAUGUUCGCUCACGUUCUUUUUUUUACAAAGUUGUGACUGCCUUUAUCUCGGAUGGCAGCGUACAAACUAAAAAAAGAAAACGAAGAACAACUGUUAUAGGAGAAGUUAAUGAAAUAGCUGUGCUAGCAGCUGUUCACCACAACCCACAGAUGAGUCUACAUUCACAAACCAUGGUGGAGUUAAUCGACAUAACAUGCAUUACUGGAGUGUAGAAAAUCCCCAC